AUGUCCUCAGCAAGCCACAUCACUCCGCUUUCCGCUGCCACAAUCUUACCCCUACUCGCUCAACCGCCAUCCUCAGCACUCAUCAACGACUUCCUCCUCUCCCUCUCCUCCUCUCCUUCCAAUUCCAACUCGACCUCGUCCACAGUCCCACCUGAGCCGACCGUCAAGUCCUAUCCCGAUGCCCAAUACCACACAUACCUCCCUCUCGGGCUCGACCUCAUUUACUCCCCAUCUUCCUCUUCCCCCUCUGCUGUGCAAUGGGAACUAGACCGGAUCGACAUAUACAAUCCCGUCCCUGGUGUCUCCGUCCCCUCAGCCGGAUCGAGCAGACGUCGUGCUCCCCCGAUGUACACCCCGCCGGCACUACCUCUCGUGACGCAGCUCGCGCGGGCGCCAGUCGUUCCUCCUCAGCCUGCACCACCUGCUGGCAACUCGGGCGCUGCCUUACCCACUGUCGCUCCAGCUGCUGCGGAAGCCACUCUGCUGGAGGUGGAGGGCGUAGAGGAAGGAAAACAAGCGGGAGGAAGACCCGAGCCAUUCCUCAUCACCUCGGAGAGCAUAGGCCGGGAGUUUGUGUCUGCCCUAGGCGAGCCGAGUCGGAAAGGCGGCGCGCAGGGAUGGGUGGGGCCAUGGCUGGAAUGGGCAGAUCUGAAGAUCCUCGUCCCGCGUAGGCGCUCGAUACAGGCCGAUGUCGAGCCAGGGCAGGGUGGAACGAGUAUGGAGGAAGCCGAGGACAUGGAGGAAGUAGGGAUAGGGCUCAUGGUGGAGCUACGGGAUGGACACAAGCAGCCCACCGAGGAAGAGAUGAAGAAAGGCUUAGGGGGCGUAUGGGAUCGUGCGGCGGGAUGGGGGUGGGGGUGCGUCAAGAUCUUCAGGGUGGGGAGUACUACAUGA